AUCACACCAUGGCUCCACAGGAACUCGUCCUCUCCGCCCCGUCCUCUGCCCCCGCAGCCGCCAUACACCUCCACGACCUCCUCACCUCCGCCUCCGUCCACGCAUUCAAACCGUGCGCAACAGCACCCUGCUCGCUCGCACAUGUCCCCACCUACAACAACCAGGGCGGCGCAGUCUUUGCAGUCCAGGAGGACAAGGCGCUCCUCCACGUCUGGGCAUGGCAAAAGGACCAGAUGCAUCUCAAGCUGCAUCUUCCUGAAAAGAUGGCCUGCUUCACCGUCUCGCCCAACGGCUACUGGGCAGCAGCCGGUUCGCCCAACGGCCACAUCUACCUCUGGGAACUCUCUUCCGGUCUCUUGGUGUCUUCCCAUACCGCCCACUACCGCGCUCUGACCUCCUUGACGUUCACGCCGGACUCUCGACUCUUGAUUUCCACAUCGCUCGAUUCUUCAGCGCACGUCUACCUCGUAUCCCAACUGAUCGAUCCAGAGGAUCCAGCCAAGGCGGGCAAACCGUAUGCGACGCUCAGGGACCAUAACCUCGCAGUGCGGUGUGUCGGGCUUGGACGCGUUGCGGGUAGCCAGGGUGGUAGAUUAUGGACUGCUUCAGAUGACGGAACCGUCAAAAUGUGGUCCCUCUACCCUCCAUUCGAUCUUCUCUGCACAUUCGUCCUCCCCGUCACAUGCACCCCUACCACCCUCGCCGUCGACCCCUCUGAACGAUUCUUCUACGUCGGCACCACCCAAGGCGACGUCUACCACUUCCCCUUAUUCCGAAAACGGGCCGUCCUCGGCGAUCACGAUCAGUCCGCCGCCGCCGCCGCCGCGUCGCAGGAUGAAUGGGAAGCCGUCGGUGGAGAUGGAAAUGCUUCUGCACCAAUCAAGCCCCAAGGCGCUGUCAUCUCUCUCAAAGACGCCAACGACUCCAUCACCUCUCUCGCGCUUUCCCUUUCCUCCACCCAUCUCCUCGUCGGCACCUCGGCGGGCAACAUCCAGAUCCACUCGCUCCCGUCUCACCAGCAUCUGCGUACCCUCUCCCCACAUGCCGGACCCGUCACGCAUCUCACCACACUCUUACGUCCCGCCGACCUCGUGGGGAGUGUCGGCGUAGGCGCAGGCGCGGGGGCUAAAGGCGAAGAAAUACCCAUCAUGGAGAUCAAACCCCUCGAACGGCUCAAAGGUCGUCCCCCGCAAGAAUCCCACGAACCCACCGUCCUCCUCCGCCCGCCUACCUCUCACGCCGCCUCUCUCCUCUCUGAUCUUCGACCGCCGCCCGCGCCGGCGGUGACCCGUCGUCAGGCGAUGGGAGAUGCGGGGACGACGAGCGAUCAGGUGGGACAGCUCUUGGCAGAGAACAAGAGGUUGAAAGCGGCGUUUGAGAGGGCGGAGAAGAUUAAUGAAAAGCUGUGGAACAAGGUGAUGGAUGUGAAUCCGGGGACCAACGCGUAGUCAUAGAAUUCAAGUAUUUGUAAACAUUUAUGCAUUUGGGCAUUUUGGU